GUAAGCAUAAAUUAUGUUUUUUACAUGAUACAAACACUUCUGCCAUUUAGAGUUCAAAAUUGUACAGCAUUGUUGUAAAACGGCUGCCAUAUAGUGCUUCAGGCACAUGCAUGUUCCUGAGCAUACCUAGGUAUGCUCUUCAACAAAGGAUACCAACAGAAGAAAAUCAAUUUUAUAAAAUAAAUAAUUUGGAAAGUUUUUUUUAAAUUUAAUUUUACACUAUCUUUUGACAGUAUCCUAAUACAAACAAUUACUUUUUGACUCACAAGACAAUACAGUUGCAUAAAAAGGUUGGAGCCUGAAUAGUACUUCACCAGUUUGUGCAUAUAAUUCCUAAGUAAACUCACAAGUGCUUCUUGUCAACCGGCAUCCCCACCUGCUUCAUAUAUCUCACAGAACCCCCCUCAUCAACUGGAAAAGGAACAAAGAUAAAACAGGUAUAUGGAGCAAGCAAUUCCUAGUUCUUUAACCUCUUGUAGGUAGCAUUUGCAGCACCUCAGUGUUCACCUGUGUGCAACCACACCAGCUGAGGUGCCCAGCUAUUGUCCGUGAACAGUUUAGGAUCCACAACUGGGCCAAACACCUUGUCUGCACGAUAUGGGUCCUCACCACCUCCAAAUCCCAUUGCUCCUCAGACAAAAAUAAAGAAAGAAAGAUUCUUUGAUCUUUCAUUUUCACCAGAUAGGCAGGUAAGUGGUCUUUCACUGCUAGCAGAAUAAACUAACCUGUUAAAGCCAUGGUAAAAAACGUCAGCCUAAUCCAACGAUGUAAUUUAUUCAAUAUAAGUAGCAUUAAAUGCCAUGUAUUUUGUACUGUUCUUGGUGAGAUUGUUGUUUAAAAAGAUAAAUAACGCCUUUACUACCCAUUCCCCAGCUUUGCACAACCAACAUUGUUAUAUGAAUAUACUUUAUAACACUUAAAGGCAAGGUAAACUUAUGUGCACUCGUUAUCUUUUUCUGAUAUAUCAUUGAAAAUUAGUUUCAUUCACCAUUUUCAAUCGAUCUCUAUACCCGCAAUUCUUUUUUUUUAAACUUAAUACAGCAACUAUUCCUCGGCCGCCCAACUUUUCUAUAAAAAUGAUUAACACUUCUCUAACACUGUGUCCUCCAAUCAUUGCUUUCUCCAGAUGGUGGUGAACACAGCAUAUCGUACGUCCUAGGAGAGCAGAGCACAUGCGUCCGACCGUAAUCCUCUACACUAUUCACUGCGCUCGUUCAUGAGUCGCGCAUGCUCAUUGAAACUUACAGUGUACUGCAGCAAACAGCUGCGCAGAGAUUGAUCUCAUAACUAAAUAACAUGGCAUCUAACACAGAUAACAUCAGUGGCAGAACUCUGAUGCAGCUCAGUCAACAAGAGGUGCAAGAGAUGAUGCAAAAUCUCAUUAGAGAACGUAAUGCUGAAAAUCAAAAUAUUGAUGUCUCUCAAGCUCACCAAUGGGACCCUAUGAGAACUGAUGCUGAAUUGGCCAGUCAAUCUUCAAAUAACGAAAGUGCAGAAAUGCAAAAUAUUUCAAUUGAUGAUGAUUCUAUCAGACUUGAAGAUUUGGAGUGGUGUAUUUGUGGAAAUUGCCAUUUGAUGCCUACGGUUAUAGAAAGUAUAUGUUGUCGUGAAAAAGAAGAAAUCCUGUAUCACAUCCCUGAAGGCAAAUCCUGUAUUUGUGAUGCUCCAAACCACGAUCAGGAAAUCGAUCAGGGUUUUCUAAACAGAGUGGCAGAAAUAGUUGGGAGUUUGGGACCUAUGCGUGCACAGGCUAAAGAAGUAAUUACUCAAAGAUCGUAUAGAAAAUUAUCAUAUAGAGCAUUUUCUACAUGGAUCAACGGAGCAAUGGGCCCCAAAAAUAGGAAACCGAUACCGUCAUGUGUAGUAAACUGCAUACGUCAACGUUUCUCAGCUCCUGACAACAUAUAUGUGGGUUUACAUUACCCUGAGGAUGAUGGCCCGGCAACAGAAAUGAUAUUGGAUUAGUUUUAAAAGUUUCUAUUUGAUUUCUUUAAUAUAAGUUAUUUCUAAAUAAAUAUUUUUUUUUUAAGAAACAAUUAUAAGAAGUAUAAUAAAUGUUUGCUAUUUUGAAAAAAAAA